GUCACAUCCGGCUCCGCGGAGCCCGAUUCCGGAAGGGGCCGCGCACUUGUGGCGGCGGUUUCUACGUUGGGGAUUCAGUGUCUCUUCUCUGACAGAGCGGCGGGGCGUACGGCAGCAUCAUGGUCGAGGAGGUCCAGAAGCACUCUGUGCACACCCUGGUGUUCAGGUCACUGAAGAGGACUCACGACAUGUUCGUGGCGGAUAAUGGGAAGCCCGUGCCUUUGGACGAAGAGAGUCACAAAAGAAAAAUGGCAGUCAAGCUGCGUAAUGAGUAUGGCCCUGUGUUGCAUAUGCCUACUUCAAAAGAAAAUUUUAAAGAAAAGGGCCCUCAGAAUGCACCGGAUUCAUAUGGUCAUAAACAGUAUCCUGCUAAUCAAGCGCAAGAAGUUGAGUAUUUGGUGACGGGUACACAUCCAUAUCCACCAGGACCUGGGGUUGCUUUGACAGCAGACACGAAGAUUCAGAGAAUGCCAAGCGAGUCAGCUGCCCAGUCCUUAGCUGUGGCCUUACCGUCUUCUCAGGCUAGGGUCGAUGCAAAUCGCAGCACACCUGCUGGAAGUGAGUAUCGACUUCCGGGGGCUUCUGACCGCGCACAGCCUGCUGGGAUGACUACUGUUAUGGAGAGUGGCACUACCAAGAACUCUGCACUGAUAGCUAAAAAGGCCCCCACGAUGCCAAAACCUCAGUGGCACCCGCCAUGGAAACUGUACAGGGUAAUCAGUGGGCAUCUGGGUUGGGUUCGAUGUAUUGCUGUGGAACCCGGAAAUCAGUGGUUUGUUACUGGAUCUGCUGAUAGAACUAUAAAGAUCUGGGACUUGGCUAGUGGCAAGCUGAAACUGUCGUUAACGGGGCACAUUAGCACUGUGCGUGGGGUGAUAGUGAGCACGCGGAGCCCUUACCUGUUCUCCUGUGGAGAAGACAAGCAGGUCAAGUGCUGGGACCUCGAGUAUAACAAGGUCAUAAGGCACUAUCACGGACAUCUCAGUGCAGUGUAUGGUUUGGAUUUGCAUCCAACCAUUGAUGUUCUUGUAACCUGUAGCAGGGAUUCAACUGCACGGAUUUGGGAUGUGAGAACUAAAGCCAGUGUCCACACGUUGUCCGGGCAUACAAAUGCAGUUGCUACAGUGAGGUGUCAAGCUGCAGAACCACAGAUUAUCACUGGAAGCCAUGACACUACAAUACGGUUAUGGGAUUUGGUGGCUGGAAAAACAAGAGUCACAUUAACAAACCACAAAAAAUCAGUCAGGGCUGUGGUUUUACAUCCAAGACAUUACACAUUUGCAUCUGGUUCUCCGGAUAACAUAAAGCAGUGGAAAUUCCCUGAUGGAAGUUUCAUUCAAAACCUUUCUGGUCAUAAUGCUAUUAUAAAUACGCUGACAGUAAACUCUGAUGGAGUCUUAGUGUCUGGAGCGGACAAUGGCACCAUGCACCUUUGGGACUGGAGGACUGGCUAUAAUUUCCAGAGAGUUCACGCAGCUGUGCAGCCCGGCUCUUUGGACAGUGAAUCAGGAAUAUUUGCUUGUGCUUUUGAUCAGUCUGAAAGUCGGUUACUAACAGCUGAAGCUGAUAAAACCAUCAAAGUGUACAGAGAGGACGAAACAGCAACAGAAGAAACUCACCCGGUCAGCUGGAAGCCAGAAAUUAUCAAGAGGAAGAGAUUUUAAUGUGGCAUUGUUUUCUUGGUGGUUUCAGUUUCAUUUGUUUUUUCUUAGCUCGGCAUUGAUGAAGCUAUCCAAUCAGUUUUGUGCUCUGGCUAGGAAUAUAAAGCAAAAAUGUAUAUGCUUGGAUCAUUGCUGUUUUACAAUAAACUAUCCCUCCCCA